ACUGUUGAUACAAUGCCUGACAAGUGACAAGCCUGAUGCUUAUAAACAAAGUCCUCAGAGUCAUUCAGAAAAAAUAAAUAAAUAGGCGUUAUAUUAAAUAACUCAUGAUGGAUUACGCACCGUUAAGUGCAGCUUGUGUCAAAUCAUUGAAUGAUAAACUUUAUGAAAAGCGAAAAGCCGCCGCUCUUGAAGUUGAAAAGAUGGUAAAAGAAUUUGUCACUCAUAAUAACACGACUCAAAUAAAAAGACUGAUUAAAGUAUUGGGUCAAGAUUUGACAUUAAAUCACAAUCCUCAUUCUCGAAAGGGAGGUUUGCUUGGUUUGGCAGCCGUAGCUGUUGGCCUAGGACCUUCUCAUACAGGCAAUUACGUGAAAGACUUGAUUCACCCAAUUUUAUGCUGUUUUAAUGACUCAGAUUCUAGAGUUCGCUAUUAUGCCUGCGAAAGUCUCUAUAAUGUUGUUAAAGUAGCAAGAAAAGAUAUCAUUCCAUACUUUGCAGAUAUAUUUCAAGCUCUCAGCAAGUUGUGCUGUGAUACUGAUCAAUCUGUCAAAGUAGCUACAGAAUUAUUGGACAGGCUUAUGAAGGAUAUCGUUACGGAGUGUUUGGAAUUUGAUAUACCAGCUUUUGUGCCUUUAGUCAGGGAAAGGAUAUAUACUAAAAAUUCAUUUGCCAAAACAUUUCUAUUAUCUUGGAUAUCUGUAUUAUCUGCUGUUCCUGAAUUUGAUAUCAUUGUUUUUUUACCUGAUAUAUUGGAUGGCCUUUUUAAAAUUUUAGAAGAUACACAGCCAGAUAUAAGAAAAUUUGCUGAUAACGUUUUUAUUGAAUUCAUGCAGAGUAUCAAGCAAAAUCCUUCUAGAGUGGAUUUUACAGGAAUGAUGAAUAUAUUGAUUGUUCAUGCUCAAAGUCAAGAUGAAAGUCAACAACUUACAGCUAUUAUUUGGUUGGAUGAAUUUCUCAGAUUAUCUGGAUCUAAUUUAUUACCAUACACUUCAGGAAUAUUUACUGCUAUUUUACCUUGUUUAUCUUAUGAGGGAGAUACAAAGAAAAGCAUAAAAAAAACUGCUAAUCAUGUCAAUGAAACUCUUUUAAAAUUACUUGUUUCAAAAAGGGAAGAAGAAAAUGCCACUUCAGAAACUUCAAUAGCUGAUAGUCUUGAUUUAACCAGCAUUAUUGAAGUGUUGACAAAGUAUUUAACAAUGCAACAACUAUCUGUACAAACAAAAGUGGCAAUUUUAAGAUGGCUUGAUCAUUUGUUAAAAAAUUUACCAAAAGAAAUGCAACUUCAUGUAGAAGAAUUAUUUCCAGUAUUAGUAGAAGUUAUGGGUGAUAACUCUGAAGAAGUUGUUACCAAAGCUUUAGUCGUUAUGUCUGAAUUAAUAGAUCACAGAUCAACAAAUUUAGAGGAAAAUAAAUAUUUCAUUAAAUUUAUGGUAAACUUGCUAAGGUUAUUCGAUUCAGAUAGAAAACUUUUAGAGGACAGAGGAUCAUUCAUAAUUAGGGAGCUUUGUGUAUUGUUAAAUGCUGAAAAAAUUUUCAAAGUAUUGGCUAAAACUUUAAGGGAGGAACACAAUUUAAGUUUUGCUAGUCUUAUGGUGCAGACUUUGAAUGAAAUUUUGCUAACUUGCCCUGAACUGUUUGACUUACGUUUAAAGUUGAAAAAUCUAGAUUGUGAAGAGAGUAUGGAUGUUUUUAUUGGAAUGUACAAAUCUUGGAGCCACAAUCCUGUGUGUACAGUCUCUUUAUGUUUUCUAUCGCAAAAUUAUGAUCAUGCUUACAAUUUAGUAAAAGCAUUUGCUGAUCUUGAAAUCACAUUAGAAUUGCUUAUAGAAAUUGAUAAAUUAAUUCAAUUAAUCGAGUCACCAAUUUUCACUUUCAUGAGAUUAGAACUUCUGGAGCCAGAGCAAAAUGAGUCACUUAUUAGAGCAUUAUGCGGUUUAUUGAUGAUUCUUCCUCAAAGUGAUACCUUCCUUUUACUUCAACGCAGACUUUUAGCUAUACCUUCUGCUGCCAUGAAUUUGCACAUGCCUAAAAAAAAUUCUAUUGCUAAAAAAGUGUCCAAAUCAAUACGAGAUAAAAUUAAUUUCGAAGAAUUAUUUGAUCAUUUUGUAAGUAUUCAAAAACAACACCAUGAACAGAAAAAGCAGGAACAAAGAAAUCUAAUUACUUCUGACAUGAGUAAUCUUAAUAUUAAUGAUGGUUAGUAUAUACUCAAAAUAUUUAUUAUAAAAAUAUUUUUACUAUCGCGAUUUUAUAAAAACGCUUUAUAUUUGUACAA